UCGCAAACGAGUUUUCCUGGACGAAGGGCUCGCGGACAUGACGAGGCGGCGCGUGGACCUUCUAGAACAUUGUCGGAGCCGCAGCGGCGCGAAAAAUCCACUGCUGUCCAUCCUGAACCGAGAAAGAAUGGCGUUAAGAAAAGUUCUUUCGUCGAAGCCCCAAACCCCUUACUUUAAGCCCCCGGCAAUACACAUUUGUGUGGUUGCACUGAAGGACCAGCAUAGGGUCACGAGGUGGGACUUCCAGGACGGCAGAGCGGUGGCGGCCGUCACAAAAGCUAAUGCCGUCAUGGCCAUCAGCGACGGGCACUCCGUGGCCAAAGUGACCCUGUAUGAAGACCUGAAGGCCCAAGUUCAAGAGGGUGCUUCCUACGUGGUUCGUGGCUAUAACCUGAGGGGCAAUUCCCCUCCAUAUGCCUUUAAUGUCUCAAGGGAGACAGAAUUCUUUCGAAGCAGCGCCCUCGUCAUCGACGAGAAAUUACAAAACGAGGCCUUGAGGCUGAUCAAUCCUCGCUCGCCCCUGACCCCCCUCAGCACCUGCAGGGAAUCUGCUGGUCUGGUCACGGUGGAAGGGGAGGUGGUCGAGGUAAGUAACUUUCCGUUUAACGGGACUGCGAUAUAUAUAGCCAAUGUAGGUUGUUGCUGUAAAAUUAAGAGUGUAAGUCCGCCGGACUGCAGCUAUGAGAACAUUAACACCCAAAUCCACUGUGUUCAGGUGUCUGAGCUGAAGGAGGUGGUGGUGGCGAGGGACCGCGUGCCACUGCAAAACAUCACGUUGAAGCAGGGGGAAACAAAGGUGCCCGUGUCCCUCUGGAGGGAAACCGCCCUCCACUGCUGUGAGAUCGGGAACGUCCUGAGAGUGUCCCACCUGAGAGGGUCGGAGUCCAAUUAUGGAUUCCGGCUCCAAACAACGGUGGAGUCAGCAAUUGAGGCGGUCAGUUCCACGGCAGCGGAGGAGGUUGGAGUUUACGGGGCAACACCGGCACGCGGGGCUCCCGGAAGCCUAAAAGUGCUCCUGGAGGACGACAGGACGCUGUUCAUCGAGGAGAGCAAGUGGCUGCCAAUAGCUGCCAUAAUGGAAGCGCCACCCUUACCGGUCAAAAUAACCGUUAAAGGCAACACCAUUGUCGCCAUUGAAGCCAUGCGGAAGGAGGAGUAGCUGUUUGAGUUUCUUUUUGUUGUUGCUGUUUUUGCUGUUGUUUUAAUGUGUUCAUUAGGAAUCGGUUCUCCGUUGUUCAAAUUACCUUUCACAUUGUAUAGGAUGUUAUUAAUCAAUUUGCCAAAGUUCAUGUGUUCUGUUUUUGUUCUAUGUUAACCUUUUGUAAAAUGGAUGUAUAAUCAGUUUAAUCAAUUCAAUCAGUUUAAUCAAUUCAAUCAGUUUAUUCAAUUCAAUCAGUUAUGACAAAUCCAUGUAAUCGUGCAGUCUGUGUUCAAUGUCCAAUCAAUACAUGUUUUAAUCUCUGAUUACUGAUUCAAUUUUCAAUCAAUAAAUGUUUGUCACAAUUCUCGACUUUUCUUUUAAAGUCUUCAAAAUCCCCGUGUAGCCACGGAUAGUGCUAUUAUUUGAUUACUGUGUGGAUGUUAAAAAGCCUUUAAUUUUUGCCCACAAAUGAUAAUUUACUCCUCGCGUGUUUCAGCAUUAACUCUGAUCAUUUGUAGCCGGCAUCGUGUGACGUCUGCCUUUGUUAGAGCGCUCUGUUUAGGACAGUUCUAAUCAGUCUGUCGCUUCCACUCUGCCGCAACUCUCCCCAUAGCAACCAGAGCCCCGCACACACAAGCAGCCGCUACGUCACACAUAAACAAAUGACUCUGUAUCCAGUCAGCUGACGCUACCGGCAGCUAGCUUUCGUCGGCUAGCGCUACUAUCGCGCUAGCUUUGCGGUGGCUGACAAGUUAUGUCAGCAAGCGCAAACAAGUUGUACGAAGCUACUGCUGCUCUUGUAUUUAGCCAGCUAGCCUACGUGGAUAACCGUCACUCUGUCUGUCUGUCUGUCUGUCUGUCUCUCACUAUUAGCUACGGAAAUGGACGAGGGUCUCUGUUAGCUGUCCCCUUCCCGAGUACUGAAAGCAGCGCUUUACGCAGUGGCUGUUUAGCACAACAAUGUCAAAUAUAUACCUGUGUAUGAACAUCUAUCUAUCUAUAUAGAUAGAUAGAUAGAUAUAGAUAUAGAUAAAUGCACACGUGUUAUCUAUCUAUCGAUUAUUAUCUAUCUGAUGGAUACAACUCUGUGUAUCCGGAACAUAUAUACAGUAUGUACAUAACAUUUGACUAUAUUUACAAUAAAUGAUAACACAAAAUAUUCCAUUUCCAAUGGUUUGCAGUAUUCUUUAUUUCAAACACAGGCUUUUUACAUUGUUACCAGACCUAGGUUAAUACUCACAGAAGUUCAAGUCUUUAUGUUCCAGUAGCCCGGACUGAUACGUCUGGUCCAAAUUGUCAUUUAAACUAUCCCAACGCUAAGCUCAGUUUACUGAGGCUCACCAAAACACUUCCACUUCCUUAUUUUGAUGGAACAUUUGGUUAGAAUCACUACUCAAGGUUAGAACAUGAGCAUGAUAGGAUUUGCUUCAAAUUAAAUAUUUUUACAAAACUCUUUGAACCAAGUUAUUUUCAAGCCAAUUUGGAAGAUUUAGCUUGGAUUACCCAUUUUGAUAAUUUAACACUGGGUUUGAAUACUCAUCUUUACAGUAGAGUUUAGGUUACCCUAAGGAUUGGUAUAUGCCUGUGAAGAACCUCCUAUGUACCUACCAGCUGAAACCCCAUAAUAAUGACUCAUUUAAUACAAAUAUGGAAUUUCUUAAGGUUAAUUUGUUCAUAUACACGUAGCAAUUGCAAUAACACAUUUCCACUAUUCAUCUUGCAUAUAUCUGUUAGAAUAUUGACUGAAGAGGGAUGGAUGACAUAAAUGAAUAAAUACAAUCAACAAAAAAAAAGUGAUGAAACAAAGAAAACAUACAUUGUUAGAUCAAAUGAAACAAACAAAAUAGACAGGUGUCCUGUAGUUUUUAGAGAUAACCAUACUUUUCUUGAAUUUGUUUUGUACGCUGUAAAGACCUGUAGUAUUGUGACCUUUGACCUGAACCACUACACCAGUUAUUAUGUCAUUGCUUAGUGCAAGGAUAGUGUUUCUAUAGCAACAUGGAGGAGGAGAGGCCUUAAAGACAAAAACAGGAGAAGCUUCAUUCAUGUAGUUAAAAAUGUAAAUAGCACA